CUCUUUCUCAAUACAUACAAAAACAGAAUCAUGUGUCAGCAAACUUCAUCACAUUCCUAUGUCAAAUGUGACUCAACCCACGAACAAUCCGAAAUCUUCAAUCAUUUGAUCCCCAAAACCACUGAAAACAACCAACCAACAUUACCACCACCAACACUUAAUCAUGUCAAGCCCCACAAAUCCCAAAUCUCAUUAGCAAUCCAAGAAGCCAUUGAGAUAUCCCACAUCGCAAUUCCCAUGAUCCUGACCGGGAUACUAAUGUAUUCCCGGUCAAUGAUCUCCAUGCUUUUUCUUGGACACCUCGGCGAGUUGUCUCUCGCCGGGGGGUCACUCGCUGUUGGCUUUGCCAACAUCACCGGAUACUCCAUUCUCUCUGGCCUUGCCAUGGGAAUGGAGCCCAUUUGCGCCCAAGCGUUUGGCGCCGGAAAACACAAAGGUCUCGGCCUAUGCUUACAAAGAGCCAUUCUCCUUCUACUCUUCACUUCAUUACCCAUAUCCAUUUUGUGGAUCAGCAUGAAAAAAAUCUUGAUUUUUUGUGGGCAAGAUCAAGAAAUCGCCACAAUGGCACAAAGCUAUCUUCUUUAUAACCUCCCUGACCUUUUCCUUCAAUCUUUCUUACACCCAUUACGAAUCUACCUUCGUUCUCAAUCCAUAACCCUACCAUUAACAUAUUGUGCAUCUUUUUCAAUCAUUCUUCACAUACCCAUCAACUAUUUUCUCGUCACAAAGCUUCAAAUGGGAAUCAAAGGUGUCGCUAUCAGCAGUGUUUGUACCAACUUCAACUUCGUAGCAUCUUUAAUCCUUUACAUAAUAAUCUCCGGUGUUUACAAAAAAACAUGGGCAGGCAUGUCAAACUCAUGUUUUAAAAACUGGAACAUGCUUUUAAACUUAGCGCUUCCGAGUUGUGUAUCAGUCUGUCUCGAAUGGUGGUGGUACGAGAUUAUGAUCUUGUUAUGUGGGCUACUAGUUAACCCUAAAGCCACCGUGGCUUCAAUGGGUAUAUUGAUCCAAACCACCGCGUUAAUAUACAUAUUCCCCUCAUCUUUGAGUUUUAGUGUGUCAACUCGGGUUGGUAACGAGUUGGGAGCGGGUCAACCACGUAAAGCAAAACUAGCAGCCGUUGUUGGAAUAUGUUGCAGCUUUGUUUUGGGUUUUUCAGCUCUUUUGUUUGCUACCAGUGUACGGAACUUAUGGGCGGUUAUUUUCACACAAGAUAAAGAUAUCAUAGCGUUAACAUCGUUGGUUUUGCCGAUAAUCGGGUUAUGCGAGCUCGGAAACUGCCCACAGACGACCGGUUGCGGUGUUUUGCGAGGGACAGCCAGGCCGAAAAUCGGGGCGAAUAUUAACCUGGGAUGUUUUUAUCUUGUGGGCAUGCCUGUGGCUGUGGUUUUGGGAUUCUGGUUGAAAUAUGAUUUUAAAGGGUUGUGGCUAGGGAUGCUGGCGGCUCAGAUGUCUUGUGUGGUGGUGAUGCUGGUGGUGUUGGGGCGGACGGAUUGGGUGGUUGAAGCGGAGAGAGCUAAGGAGCUUACACACGGUGGUUGUGGUGGUGGUGACAUUGGUAAGGAUGAUGCUGACAGCGAAGAAACUAAGGAAGAGAAUUAUAAGUUAAUCAAACCUGCAAACAAGGGAGAAGAAUCUAUGGGUUUAGGGGAUGAUUUCGUUUAAUAAAAUUGAGUUGGAAUAAUUUUUAAACAAGUUUUUAUAGUUUUGAUCAUUUUAAUUUUGGUUGUAUAGUAUAGAGUGGGUGACAGGUAUCAUUUUUAUCAUCUUUUUGAUCGGAGAAUUGUAGAGAAGAAAAAGAAUAUUAUCUUGGUCUAAAAUAAC